AUGUCUGGUCGUUAUUUCGAUAAUGAUCGUGAUUUUGUCGAUGAAAUAUACCAAGAUUACGAGGAUGAUUACCCAAUUCGGCCUUAUUCCGCCGAUAAUGUCGAUAGUUUACCUUAUGAAGAUGAAGAUCCUAUUUAUUACGAUGAUGGCGAAUAUCAAUCAUUUACUGACGAGUAUCCGGCGGAUUGGGAUGAUUUGGACUCAAUACCGGAAAGAAAUCCGAAUCAGAGUUCUAGUGCUUACAAAGCCCGAAUGGAAAAUGUACCAUUUCACGGCGGGACAACAUAUCAGAGCCACUAUCCCUGGAAGGAUCCGAUGGCGCAAAGGAGAAAAUCCACCCCUGCCGAACGGGUCCUACCACCCUUUUACAGUGAUACUACACAUAAAGCGGAUUUUAAUCUAAAGAUUCCAAAGCCAGCGCAGAGCUUUAAACCAAAACGCGGCGGCCUAAGCAGCGAUAUCCCAUUCUACGGAGAAACCAGCCAUAAAGCUGAUUACGUGCCGAUGAAACAGGAUAAAGUUCGCUCAAUGAAGAAAUCAACGUAUUUUGGGGCUGCAGGGGAUUUCCACGAUGCUACUACCCAUAAAACCGAAUAUGGCCAUAAAAAAGCUGUCCGUGAAAGGCCGCUACGCGUGAGAUCAGCACCAUUGUUUCCUAGAGGUAUUGAGAACCAUAAUACCACCCAUCAAGCCUCUUACCUAAAAGUUAAAGGCGGAAAUUGCCCGGCAGAAGCUAUAUUAAAUCGAGCGAAAGGGGGCAGACUUUUCAAAAUCCUGCACCUCAUGCUCAACCGAGAAUUGUGGCUGCUCCACAAAAGAUCCGGCAGCAGAGGAGCCAAAACCCUGCAACUCAUGCUCAACCAAGAAUUG